AGUGUCGAAGAGAAUAAAGAUCGGAGAAUUCAGAAACCGGCGGAGAUUGACGGCGGAGAAUGUCGAAAUCAAUUAUGCAGCCAAUUGGCCAAAAAAGGCUAACAAACGUUGCAGUAGUUCGAUUAAAGAAACACGGCGUUCGCUUCGAAAUUGCUUGUUAUAAGAACAAAGUUCUUUCUUGGCGCUCUGGGGUUGAGAAAGAUAUAGAUGAAGUGUUACAGUCACAUACUGUUUAUUCUAAUGUCUCUAAAGGAGUUCUGGCCAAGUCUAAAGAUUUAGACAGAGCUUUUGGUACUGAUGAUCAUUCCCGAAUUUGUGUUGAGAUAUUGGAGAAAGGAGAACUUCAAGUCGCCGGUAAAGAACGGGAGUCUCAGUUAACGAGUCAGUUUAGAGAUAUAGCAACUACUGUAAUGCAGAAAACUGUCAAUUCCGAAACUCAACGCCCUUACACUAUUAGUAUGAUUGAGAGGCUUAUGCAUGAAAUUCACUUUGCUGUUGAUCCACAUAGCAGUUCCAAGAAGCAGGCUUUAGAUGUAAUUCGCGAGCUUCAAAAGCAAUUUCCGAUUAAGCGGUCACCAAUGAGACUAGGGCUUACUAUUGCUGAAUCUAAUGUUUCUAGUCUUCUUGAAAAGUUAGAUGCAUGGAAUGCUAAUGUUGUUUCAAAGGAUGAAUCUGGAAAUCAGCUCUCUGUUAUUUGUGAAUUAGACCCAGCUUUCUUUCGAGAAUGUGAUGGCUUGGUAAGGAAUUUGCAAGGCAGGUUGGAAAUUCUUGCAGUGUCUGUACAUUUUGAAGGGGAAACUCAUGUAGAUGAUUUUGAUGAUUUUGACGAUGCACCAUCAAGCAAACCCAAGGAACGCACCGAGUCUACUGUUGUGGCUCAACUGAGUGAGAAAAUGCAAAAGCAGACCAUCACUUCAGAAAAGAACGAUGAGGGGGAGGUAAAGCAACAAAGGUGUAACACAUGUGAUGCUUUUGUUGGUGAUGCCAAGCAGUAUAGGAUUCACUUUAAGAGCGAGUGGCACAAACAUAACAUGAGACGCAAGACCCGGAAUCUCCCGCCUCUUACAGCUGCGGAGUGCUUAGCUGAUGUGGAUUUGGAUGAUUUCAAAUCAGAUUUGAAAGAUUACUCAUUUUGAGAUGAUCGGGAGCUCUUUUUCAUCACUGAAUGUAGAUUCACAUUGUUUUGCACAAUUUUAAGCUGAGCUACAUGGUUGUACUGAAAUUGGCUUGUAGACGAUAUACCUAUAAAUAUCUUGUGAUAUAGUUUAACUAAGGCGGCUUUAAUUUCUGUAUUUACAGUCUAGUCCUCCUUUCUGUUGGCUUUGCCGUCCACCAAAACAAGAGAUCAAACGAUUGCAACAGUUUAGCUA